AUGCCUCGUAAAGGUGGCAAACGCCGAAAAACUCGGACGCACGUGGUCGAAGCUCCAGCCAGCGAAAAAGAUGACACGCCCAUGAGUUUCGUCUUCAAGAUGGGCAAAGUCCCCAGCGUGGUGAGCAGUUUGGUGCAAGACAUGCGACGAGUGAUGGCCCCGUACACAGCCGACAAGCUGCGCGAGAAGCGCAAAAACACGCUCAAGGACUUUGUGCACGUCGGAGCUCCUCUUGGAAUCACGCACUUUAUCUUCUUCACCAACACCGACGCUGGCACGAACCUCAAGAUUGUACGCAUUCCACGCGGCCCAACGCUGUCGUUCAGAGUGACCAAGUACUCGCUCAUGAGUCAACUGCACUUGGUCGUGCGGCGUCCAGUGGAUGCGUCCCAAGCACUCAAGUCCAAGCCAUUGGUGGUGCUCAAUAACUUUACGGCUCCAGAUGACCACAUGAAGCUCAUGAACGUGACGUUCCAGAACAUGUUUCCAGCUAUUGACGUGCAGACAGUAGCGCUGGCCGAAUGUCGACGGGUGGUGCUGUUUAAUUACGAGAAGGAGACGGACACGGUCGAGUUUCGCCAAUAUGUGAUUCGCGCCGCGCCUCUUGGGCUCUCGAAGAGCGUCAAGACCAUUGUGAAGGCCAAGGUGCCGAAUCUGAACAAGCUCGAGGAUAUCAGUGAGUACGUGCUGGGCAAUGGCGCAGGCAUUGGCUCGGCUUCCGAUAGUGAAGUGGAUGAUGAGGCGUCCCAUGUGACGCUGCCGGACUCGUUUCGUGGUCGUGGCAAUCGUAAAGCCGAGAAAAGUGCCGUGCGCUUGACCGAGAUCGGGCCACGUCUGACACUUGGUCUGACCAAAGUCGAGCGUGGCAUCUGCGAAGGGGAUGUGCUGUAUCACGCGUACAAGACCAAGACGCCAGAGGAGGCAGCCAAGGCCAAAGCAAAGCAUGAAGCAGCAGUGGCACUCAAGCGUCAGCGACGUGAAGAGCAGGAGUCGAACGUGGCGAAGAAACAGGAGGUCAAAGAUGCCAAGAAGCAGCGCAAGGCUGAUCGCAAGCGGAAGCACGACGAGGAUGACGAGGAUGACGAGGAUGGAUACGACGAGACAACUGCAAAGGCUGGAGACAAUGACAACAAUGAGUCUGAACCGGACGACGUCGACUACUACCGCCAAGAAGUAGGAGAGGAACCGGAUACGUACAUGUUUCCCGACCAGAAGAAGCCGAAAGGCAAGAAGCAUGUAGCUGCCAAGACCAAGGCAGGUGCUAUCCAGAAACCUUCUGAGGUGGCGGUCUCCGACAAGAAACGCCGCUUCUUGCGACCCGGGGCUAAGGCUCCUAAAGGCCAAGUCAUUCGUCAGCGCCAGCCCAAGAAGUAG